AUCAAAAAUAAAAUGCAUAAAAUUGACAAAAAAGUUUUGUAAGAAAAAAAAAAAACAUUUGCCUUAAUUUAAUUAACGAUUUAAUUAGCGCUGUGCUAAAUUUUCUAACACAUGCAAAAGGAAGGAACGAUGUCAGCCAAUGCCAAUAGAAAAUUUGAAUCAGUGUUCCGCAUCGAUGGGAAGCCGAUCUUGCCACCACUUGUGACUGCAGAUAUGAAGAUAGAAUUUCAGAAGCUCAAAGUAAAGGCCAUAGAACUUGAAAAACAAUUCGCAGAUUGUCGUAGGAAACAACGUGAAUGCGAAGAUAAAACUAUAGGUUCUGAUAAUAGCGAAAAAGCAGAAACUAUUGUUCAAUGCAAUAAUGUACAAUGCCAACGAGGUCGCAAAUUUUCACGUGACCUCGAACUGGAUGCUUCGUUUCAAACAAUAACUAAUUGGCUUAAGGAGGAUGAGUUAAAUAAUAAUUAUAAGCUGACUAAAACUAAUCCGCCUUCAUAUAAUGCACAAGAACGUUUAAAAAAAUUAAAACUGACGGAAACUGUGGCCUUCGAUAAUCAUUUUAAAAGUGUUAUUUAUCCAACGAAUAAUGUGAUAAAAUAUUUACAAAAUGAAUACACUGUUGUCCAUAUGAGCAAAGUUAGUAACCAGUGCUGGAUAAUAAUAGAUGUCAGUAAACUAGACAAAUUUAAAGAAAAACCGAAACGUACACGAAACACAAAUGACGAAAUUAAAGCUAAAGUACCCUCAAUAUGUGUUUGUCCCCCUACGCCACAAACAGAAAUGGUCGUGUUGAAGGAUUCUAUUGCAACGGAAGAUAAUACUACUUUUCUGCAUAUUGCCCACGCAGAUCAAACCACAGACGAUGACAGUUCAAGCGAUACUAAUUCUCCACAACCAUUUCCACAAGAUCCACCAGCGGUAGAAAGAAGAUUAACACUCAGUUGCUCUCAGUCAGAUAGCUCGCUAGUUCGCUCAAGUUCCUUUACUUUAAUUGAACCAUCUCCCGCUUUAAGAAACCAUAUGCUCAUCAAUAAAUUAGAAUGUGGCAGUCUAGAUUCACUUAAUAUGUCACAGCAAAUUAAUGUUGCAACUUCGAAUAGUGCCAACCAUUUUGUAGAACAUAGAAGAAGAUCAAGUAUAAGAGAUGAUUCCGAUUCUGAUGCAACCAUUAAUAAUAUGCAACCUGAACCUAAAGGUGCCACCAGAAAAAAACCAGAAACACAGAAAACAUUCAACUCAACAGGGAAUAAACUAAAUGAUUCUCUGAAAAAUAACUCAGUAGAUUCAUAUUCUGCAAAUCAAGUGAACUCCAAAUAUCGUUCACCAUACACCAUUUCUAAAAAAGCAACUGACACAACAUUAACCGCGAAGCAUAAUCCACACCAACCUGCCAGUCGUAAUCAAUUAUCGUCAAGUGCAACUAGAGACACAAUAGAAUCAAAGGCUAAACGAGUACAAAAGGUUAAUACAAAAAAAUCGCCUUCACCACCAUUUAAACAACAACGUAGAUACCCUUCAGGCUAUAACGCAAAUAUUUUAUCCGCUCGCUCCUCUACUAUGUCGCAAAAACCACAUUCACCUUACGAUAACAAAUGUGCAACUGCUCGGGGACAAAAGCCAACAAUUCACGACAGAUACUCGCUGUCUAAUUGCAAUUCAACUCCGACAAUACAAAACCCACAACGACGCACUCCUAGCAGAAAUUUGCUAACUCCUACUGAAAAUCAACUGUUCACAUCUAUUGUGAAGCAAGAAGAAGAAAGAAAGCGUUUAAUUAAUGCACUUAAUGCCGAGAAAAAUUUACUUAUUUGCAAUGCUAAACAUAGAACAGUCGUAAUUCCUGAUGUUACUGGUCUAACUUCGAGUAGUUCUAUUCAACACUCCGAUGCUGAAACGAACAAAACAUGCGAUGGUAUAACUUCAUUAGAAUCUAGUUAUUGUGAUGGAAUAACACUUCAAAAUGCACGUCCUAACUCAGCACGACGUAACAGCUUCGCGGGAGUAGAGAACAGCCCCGAAAUAGAUGGACAAAACAUGGUGACAAGUCGAUUAAGAUCGCCUACGGUUUUGAGCAAAAGAAAUAAGACUUUAGGUAAUGACAUUGACAUAGGACGGCAACACGCCGCAGCCACAGUCAUUAAUAAGUAUGCUCGUGGGUUUCUGAUACGGCGCUUGUUUCGGACUGAACAUGUUAAGCGUGUUGUGGCAACUAUAAGAGACACGUUGCUCUUCGUGCUGAGACUACAUAUCGAAACGAUAGAAAAUCCUGCGGAUAACAACACACCAGCUAAUAUACAGCUGAAGGUUAGACUUUUUCAACAGCUUACAUCUGCCAGCAAGACCUUACAUAUGACUUUGUUUGAUAUCACAGUCAAAGACCGCAUGGAGAUUAUAGCCCGAGAUCGUAUGCGUCUUAAAACCAAAUUAGAGGCACUGAAGUCGAAGCGGUCACCAAGAAGGCGAAGUUAACUAAAUUAUAUUCUUAUUAUUAUUAUAAGUCUUUAAAAUCACAAUUGUUAUUAAUUAAACAAAGAAAAUCAGUCUUGAACUACCACAGAAUUAAGUAUUGUAUGGUUGCUGAAGUCUGUGUUUUGUAUAUAAUAUAUAAGAAAACAACAUACUAAAAUGAUGCUUAAUUUUU